UAUAGCUGAAAAAGUAUUUCCAUAUAGGAGCUUCGUUCCGACAGAGUGGAAAGCAUGGCAAAAAGAUCAGAUUUUGCACAGAAGCUGUUAGAUGAUCUCCGUUUAAGGAAGGAGCGAAUGGCUGCUUCUCAUAGCUCAAAGUCUUCAAAACCAUUAGCUGCAGAUGCAUAUACUUACGCCAAGCACACUCACAGAGGAUCUGGCAAUUUAAAAACAAACGAAAAGACUAGUUUCAGAACUGGAACUAUGCAUAAAAGGUCCAAUGGGGGCUCUAAAUCAAUCAUGAAGGAAGAAGCAUCAAUGCAGAUUGUUCCUUUUGGGAGAGACCAGAAUCCAGAACAAAUAGGGGAUCUAUCAAAGGCACUGGCAUUUGCGCUUGAAAAUGGAGGAAGGCUUACAAGAAUGGAUUCAUCGGGCAAUAGUUCAAUACUGACAUUCCUGAAUCAAAUUGGCAGAAGAUCAGUGCAGUUUGGCAAGACGGAAAGAAAGAACAGUGACCAUAGGCACUUGUCAUCAGCCAAUCAUUUCCCCAUCGUCUCUCAUCUUCAUAUUCAAGAAAUAUCAAAAGGGGCACAGAAACUAAACCAGAUCCUCAGAGCUUGCUCUAAUGGCGUUAACUUUGACAAAUAUUCAAUAGAAAUUGGGAAUGAACUUUUUAAAGGGGCCAUAGAUCUGGAGGAGUCCCUGCGGAUGCUUGUAAACCUACAAGAAACUUCAGAGUACAUGAUCAGUCCACAGAGGAAAAACCGGAUCACUUUGCUAGAUGAAGAUGAAGAUGACGAUGACGAUGACACGACAGUUAGAAUAGCUGAGCAAAAGCAACUGGGCCGACCAAUAUUCUCUUUUGAUGAGUCCUCGAGAAACAAUCAUGGCAUCCAGAAAGUUGGAAGGAGUGACCUCAAACAGAGGCUAAUGGCUUUAGCCUACCUGUCAGAAGUUGCCAAAACCAACUCUCAAAAGCAGGCCCCAAGCACCCCAAAUUCAAUUUCUCACAAACGAUCAGUUAGCUAUGGCCCUGAAGUAAAAUCUCUGGCUGCAUUCUCAGACCAGAAGAAUUACUCAAGUGCAUCCAAAUCCGAAACAGAAAAGGGAAGAAUUCCAAAUGUUAUUGCAAAACUAAUGGGGCUAGAUGAACUUCCAGAAAAUGAUGAAGCAACGUAUGCAAAACAGAAAGAUGCCAGCCCCAAGCAGAGAAUGGAAAGAAUAAUUCCAAAGGGGAUUUCCCAGGCUACAACCGCGCAACAGAGAAAAGAUGCUGAGUAUCUGGCACACCCAGUAAUGAAACAAAAGCAGAUACAACGCAACCAAAUAAUAGAGUUUCAGGACUCCAAAUUUGUGUCACAAACAGAAAAGGGCCUGGCAAUUAACCGAGAUAACUUUGAGGCAUUUCUCAAUGAUUCAAAUCCACCCUGGAAAAAUGUGGAAAGUUUAAAAGCAGAGACAGGCUCAAAUAAGACGGACAUCAGAAGAGAUAACGAACAAAGCAAAAACAGCCAACUCGAUAAAAUCACCACGAGGCGAAAGGAAAUUCCUGAAAGCGAGAGCAGCCAGAAUAAUAAAAAGCCCAAGGAGCAAAAAGCUGCUGAAAAGAACGGAAAGAAGGAACCAAUCUUAAAACAUGAGCAGCAAAGGAUGGCUCCUCAUAUCCAUAAAGGAUCAGAAGCUGCACUUCUUUCACAAAGAAAAACAGGAUUUAAGGACAGUGCGCAUUUGACAGAGAAAAUACAUGCAGGAACAUUGCUUUCCAGCAGUCAACAAAACUCUUCUAUUGCUCGUGCAACCCAACAGCCAGACGUCCUCCGAAAAUUUGUGCCUCGAGAAGAAAAGCAUCAAGCAGGGGAAUGGGAGAAGCAAAGCACCAGAAAACAGAAGGAAUGCGAUGUAAUGCCCAAAAAGAAUAUUCAACCCACGCACAGCGCAAUGAAUUUGCAAAAGCAGCAUCUACAUCCAAAUCAGUCCACACAUAGUAGGAAAGGUUCCAUGGAAGCCAUUGAUACAACGCAAACUGAAAGAUUGCAAAUUGGUAGACCCCAUGGAGAUCUUGCUGGAGACAGAAGUGCUAGUAAUUUCAACGUUGAAAUGAAAAACUCAGAGAACAGAAACUCGAAUCCAGAUGCUUCUACAAGAUUUCAGAACUUCAAAUUAGAAAAUCAAAAGACCAAAAUCUCACAAGCUAUGGAAGAAAAAUCACUUCAUGUUUCAGUCAGAGAGAAGACAAAGAGUACAAAAGGAAGUAAAGGAGAUGCCCAUAGAAAGGCUGAUGAAGUGAUGACACGAAGAAAUGUAAGUCCAAAAAAUUUUGCAAAGCCACCAAAACAUCAUAAUCCCAUUUUGCUGAAAGUAAAACAGAGAAAGCAUGACAAGCUUAUUGGGACCAAGGAAGCAGCACAGGUGAGCAUGAGCAAGUCGGAAGAAGCAGGAGCAUCCAUUGUGAAGUCGAAUAACUCAGUAGCAAGCAUACAACCAUCGAAUGUGCAACAGAAACAACAGAUUCAAGACAGAGAGGCUACCAAUUUUCACGGCCCCAUAGAAGACGAAUGGCCUAGCCUAAAAGAACGAAAAAUACAGGCUCCGGAUGGAAGUGAUCCAAGCAAAAUCUCAACGGUUAAAAAUGGUCACCAGGAUCAAGAACUUGCUUUUGGCAGUGAUGAACAACUCAACUCUCACAAAAUUGCAUCAGAUGCAGUCAAUGACACUCAUGAAGCACGGACCAAUAUUUCCCACCCCACACAGCAGGAGCGCCAGAAGUACUAUAAAUCAGUAAAACCAGAGCCGCUAACAGAAAAUGAAAUUUUGCUGAAGCAGACAUUGAUUAGAAGUAAAUUAUUUCUCGAUACAGCGGAAGCGCUUUUCAGAUUAAACAUUCCUUUUCGCAUUCUUCAUGAUGGUGGUUUUGGCAAACACGACAAAGAAAUGAAGCUCCUCAUAGACUGUGGCUACGAAGUAAUGAGAAGAAAGGGAAGAAGUCAAGAGCUCUGUGUCAGUCCUUUCAUGACAGUAUCCAUAACUUCUGUGAAGGUACGAACUCUGGAUGAAUUGGUCAAGGGUUUGCAAGCAGACAUGGAGAAAUUGAAAUAUUACGGUAAGAAUGGGAAUGAAGAAUGUGUUGUUGAAGAUUACUUACCAAAAAUGCUUGAGAUUGACGUCUACAACAGAGAUCCAGACAUAAAUUGCAUGUGGGAUGCUGGGUGGAAUGAUGCGAUGUUUGCAAUUCUUGAAAAAGAUGAUAUUAUAAAGGAUGUUGAGAAGUAUGUGCUCAAUGGACUCCUGGAUGAGAUGACAAGUGAUCUUUUAGCAGUAUAAGUUGUGGGACUCGCUUGUGGAAGAAUACAGGUGACAACGUUUCCAUAAUACUUGUUUCAUAUUAUGCUCGAAUUUGCUGAAAAUAAUUUUUGUGUGCUUAUGGAUUUUGAUUCACAAGUAUAUGUUGAGUGGAAUUCAAAAUUUCAUCUACUUUAUUUAUCCCUCAUAUCAUGUAACAGAACAAAAUUAAAUGGUAGAGAGACUUCUCCCAGAAAAAUGAUUACAUGAAAAUCAGUCCACAGUCAAUAUACUCCAUUGAAAGGCCUCUGCUAAAACCAGUUUAUCCCAAAAUAUGAUCGUUCAAUUAUGACAUUAUGUUAUUACUCUAGCAACAUCACGAAAACAAAAGGAAAGUCAGUAUGAACUUAUGCUCCAUAACACUAAUAUUUUGUUCAUUCCAAAUGAUUUACAACCCCUUUGCAACUCAAUUGGAUAAGAUCAUCAACUCUUGUUAAAGCAGUGAAGAGCAGGCUAACCCUAGAACAUAUUUUAAAAGGAAAACCAGCAUUUCAACUGUAAAGCAAGACAAGCUAAUG